AUGGAUGAUGCUAUGCGCCGCAGCAUCUUUGGUUCAUCUGAUGAAUCAGAUGAACCAUCGCCAAAGCGAAGGCGCUCGAGGUCGCGAGACUCGGGCGCUCACAGUGGUGUCGGUUCUCCUAUUGACACCACUUCGCAGCGAGGUGCCAGUCCUUCUAUCGGCACGUCGCAAGAAGAGCGGGACCGCAAUGUGUUGCGUCUCGCUCCCGAAAAGAAGGCAUGGAUGCCUCCCAAAUCUGUCAUGGAUCACUUGUCGGUGACGACGAGUGAUCGUUAUCGAACACGGUUGUUCGAUUCGUCAAGGAUCCAUCACCUUGACCCCAGUGCGAAAAACUUUCGCGCUGAGAACGGAUUCUUCAUCGAUGCUUUCUUUAGACAUCGAUGGUACAGUGGGAAUCACAAACGUGAUGGUCCCUCACUACUUCAGGCGUGGAACGCCUACAUCCAUAACCUUGAGGAUGUAGGUCGUGACGUUUGGAACGACAAACUUAUCAAAGCUCGUGAUAAGUUUGAAAAGCGAACCCCGACAGGUGCACGCUAUAAGCUGCAUCGUCUGUCAAAGGAGGGUGGUUUACCCUGUCUUUCCUGGGGAGACCCGUGCCCAUGUUGUGUGAACAACUCUGCACGAGCACCUAAGGAGGCUUACCUCCCUAAUAGCCCGUGGUGGCGCGUACGUAUCUACAGUGAGAUGUACGAAGGGAUUGACAACCUGAAAUCCUUUACGACCGUGCCGGGAAGACUUUCUCCGGCGGUCCUUCUGCGGCACAGGAUGUGCCGCGUCGUACUGCUCAACCAGACCCAGUACGUCAUCCAUCAGUUGGGAGCGAGGCUCCCAAGUAUCCCAGGACGGGGGAUAGCCACGCCACCGGACGAGAUAACUCGUCCGACGUCCGUUCACGUCGCGGUGGUUCAACAGCUGCUCAACCAGAUAGCGCUGGACACCGCGAGAGUCCUCUAA